AUGUCCAUGAGGGAGGUGGAUGAGCAAAUGUUCAACAUUCAAAAUAAGAACAGCAGCUACUUUGCUGAAUGGCUCCCUCACAACGUGAAAACAGCCGUCUGUGACAUCCCACCCCGGGGGCUAAAAAUGUCGGCCACCUUCAUUGGUAACAACACAGCGAUCCAAGAGCUCUUCAAACGCAUCUCUGAACAGUUUACAGCUAUGUUCAGGCGCAAGGCCUUCCUGCACUGGUACACGGGCGAGGGCAUGGAUGAGAUGGAGUUCACCGAGGCCGAGAGCAACCUGAAUGACCUGGUGUCACAAUACCAGCAAUACCAAGACGCCACAGCUGAGGAGGAGGAGUUUGAGGAGUAUGUUGAGGAGGAGGAGGUAGCCUAG